AUGGGCGUCGCCGCCAGCAUCUGGAAACAGUCAUUCUUCCUCCCCAAGCCGCCAUUGACCGAGAAGAACCUCCCUGAUCAAUUGGGGAAGGUUCACAUCGUAACUGGAGGCUACGCAGGUUGUGGAUAUGAGCUGGUCAAGGAUCUUUACCAACAUAAUGCCACCAUCUAUAUCGCUGGCCGCAGCCAAAACAAAGGAGAGGCUGCCAUCUCCAAGCUGAAGUCUGAAUUCCCGAAUUCCGGGGGCAAACUGGUCUUUCUCAAUGUCGAUCUCUCCGACUUUUCCACAAUCAAACCAGCAACCCAGGAAUUCUUGUCCAAAGAGACGCGACUGGAUGUCCUAACUAACAACGCCGGAGUUAUGUCCCUUCUGCUCGGUUCGAAGGACAAGCAUGGCCACGAGCUCCAGAUCGGAACCAAUGUCCUCGGACCAUAUCUGUUUACCAAACUCCUGGUCCCCAUUCUGCAAAAGACUGCGAAGAAAGCACCAGCUGGAUCAGUUCGUAUGACAUGGGGCGCCUCCGCUGCCGCAUAUUUUGCUCCAAAGAAUGGUAUGGUCUUCCAUGCGGACGGCAGUAUCAAACAAGGAUCCAACGUUCACAUGGACUAUGCGGUUAGCAAAGCAGCAAACAUCUAUCUGAGCUCCCAAUUUGCCCGUCUCUAUGGCAAAGACGGGAUCAUCAGCGUGUCAUGGAACCCUGGAAAUCUGAAAACUGAAUUGCAGCGACAUGUGAACUGGUUCCAACGCUUCGUCGUGAAUGUUCUCUUGCUGCAUCCUGCUCCUCUUGGCGGAUACACUGAACUGUACGCUGGCUGGUCUCCGGACAUCACAGCGAGCCAGAACGGUGCAUUCAUUGGGCCGUGGGGUCGCAUAUUCCCAAGCAGGAAGGACAUUGAGGAGGGUACGAAGAGUAAGGGGGAGGGAGGAACAGGGUAUGCGAAAAAGUUAUUGGCUUAUUGUGAGAGGGAGACGGCGGCAUUCGUUUGAAAGAGUAAUAUACUAUCUUCGUGAUUUCGGGUUUUGUGUUGGCAUUGUCCUAUAGGCUGCAGGAGUUCCAUGCCAAAGGUUUCGUAUCAACUGUAAGCCUAGGGCCAUGUCACGUGACUGAUCAUCUGUUGGUCUAUUUAAGAUCCCACAACCGAGCUUAGACACAACACACAUAACAGCAGGCGCCUGCGCAAUUGGGGUGAAUACCGCUUCUGCUUUUGCCAAUGCUCGAAAGUACCAGGGAGCG